GUAACCUAUAAAAAUGUACAUUGAACAUGUACACUUUACACAAUUCAUUAAACAAACAACAUGUAUGUAACAAGGCCUUUAUCGGAGUACCGGAAAAACCCGUCGGAACUCAAGAAGCCUCCACCGGAAGGUCCAAAUUCCGGCGUGUUAGUGAUUCAAGACGAAGAAUCGUUGACCACUUGUUGCUUUGGUUUAUGCUACGAAGUUUUCCUCAGAGGGUUACCGUUUCCACAGAACGCAGCGUUGACCGUUAGACGCGACGACGGUGGACAGAACAAUACUGUUCAUCGUGAUCCGGCUGUGUUCAUACCUGUUCUUGGUCUACCUCUAUCUUCUAACCGCUAUUACACAUAUGAACGGUGCGGACAUUAUUCAAGAGAAUCAUCAACUAGUGAUGAAAAAGAGGUGGAGAGAGUCACAUGCUGCUUCUGUAUUAGAUUCAACCAUGUUCAUAUGUAUAAGAAGCCACAACCAGAUCCUUAUGACAUUCACCGACAAGUCGUGAUCACAACCACCUCAUCACCUUCUCGUUCUUACUAUCACGCGAAGCCCAUUGCUCCUAAUGCUUUACUUCCUGCAUUCCUUAUGAGGCAAGGCUGGACAAUUGAAAACUCGACUUCAACCCUACAAGACUUUGGUCUCAUAGAUGACGCAAAGGGUCUUAACGUAGAGCUUCGUUCUAAGCUCCCCGGUCUUGAUAUGAGCGCUGUUGUAGGGAAAUGGUAUGUCCCUUUCUUAUUCGUGAAGGAAGGAGACAUAAUAGAUCAAGUAAAGAGAUCAAUGUAUUACAACAUGACGCUUCAUCAAAGAUGGGAAGAGGUUUUCUACUACGAGAAUGUUCACAAUGAAGAUUGUGUUGAUGUUGUCGUUGAUGUUGAUAUUGAAGUUGAAGUGAUCAACGUUGAGGGACAAAAGGUAGAUAUCGAGACAACAAGGGUGGAUGCUAAAGGGAUUGUUUGGUUUCAAGUUUUAGAUCAAGAAGGAAAAGACAAGAAAAUAGGUUUAAGGUCUAUGAUCGUGGAGAGGAUCCACAGCGACGAGGAGAGUUUUGGGUGGAAGAAGAUUGACGGAAACCAAGUGAAGGGCGUUGAUGCCUAUUGCUUAGAAUCAUGUGAAUUUCGUUUGAGUAGAGUGAUUGAAGCGUUAAGUGUGGACAGAAUCUUCAUGAUACAGAGUAGUGUCAUGAUACAGAGAGGCAAAGACUUUGUUUAUACUAUUUUAGAGACACUUGAGGAGGUGACGUUAGGAUAUGGCCAAGAUCAUUGUGGAGAUUGGAAGUACCAGAGGAAGCCAUCAGAGCUAACACAGCCUCCUCCUGAUGGUCCAAGCUCUGGAAUUUUGGUAAUCCAUGACCAAGCACCGAUACUGACUACGCGUUGCUUUGGCUCGUAUGUGGUCGUGGACUCUUCUGUAAGUGGUUUGCCAUUUCCGCAAAACUUUAAGCUAGCGGUCAGCUUCAAUAGCGGAGGAGAUGACAGUACUCGUGACCCAAUUGUGUUCAUUCCUGUUCUUGACAAGCCUCUAUCUUCAAACUGUUACUACGCUAUUAGACGACGCGGGAAGCAUUCAGGAGAAGCGUCUGCUAGUGCGAAAGAGGAGGAUUUAGUCUCGUGGUGUUGUUGUAUUACACAGGUUCGUGAAGCUAAACCAAGACAGCUAGAUCCUUAUGACACAUACCAACAAUUCGAGAUCCAUCAAAAGAAACCAUCCUCGCGUUAUUACCACGCAACAUCUGUUGCUCCUGACGGGGUCCCACCAAUGUUCCUUAAGAAAAAAGAGUGGUCGGUUGAAUACUCGAGAUCCCAAGAAUUUGAACUGAGAGAUGAUGCAAAAGGACUCAACACAGAGCUUCGUUCCGAGCUUCCCGCACUUGGUACGAGAAUUGUGGUUGGGAAGUGGUAUGUCCCUUUCGUAUUCGUGAAAGAAAGAGACCCCAAGGAUCAGAUCAAGACAUCGAUGUAUUACAGCAUGACUCUUGAACAAAGAUGGGAAGAGGUUUUCUCUUGUGAGAAUGAUAAAAGCGAAGACUUUGAUGUUGUAGUUGAUGUAGAAGUAAAAGAUGAAGCUGUUAAGCUUGAGGGACAAGAAAUGGGAAGAGGUGUGGAUGCAAAUGGGUUUGUCUGGUUUGGGGUUGGAGACAAGAAGGUCGGUUUAGGAUCACUGGUUGUUGAGAGGAUGAAAUGGGUUGAAGAGAGAUUCGGCUGGACAGGCAAAGGCGACCAAAAGAUGGCAGUUAAGAGAUUGGAGAAACCAAAAGAUGGUAGCUUUUGGAAGAGUUAUCAUUGUUAUGUUCUGAUAGAGAGCUUUGUAUUGAAGAGAAGGGAUGAGAGCUUGGUCAUAACGUAUGAGUUUAGACACGUCGAUAAGGUCAAGAACAAAUGGGAUUAAUCUUAUUCGCGCAAGGAUUCCGAAAAAGCUUUCUUAAUCUCAAUGAUGUGAACUUCCAUUGGUCAGUGUGAUUUUAUCUACAACCAAUUUUAAAUUUGGUUUUGCUGUUGAUUGUCUUUUGAUAUUAUCUUCAACCCUUUUCGGGUAAAAAAAUAAUAAAAUAUUGCGUUUUCUUUGUCUUCUUUAGAACUCAUCCACAGGAGAUUCUGACAAAUGUUAAGUCAAACUUCAGAAUGGGUCAAAGAUUUCAGAUUAAAUUUAUAAACAAUAUAGCUUGGUUAACUUCGUUGCACGUUCUUAUGAACCUUUAUUUAUAUAAACGAUGACAGGUUAGAUCUUGAGUGACAGAGAAUCAAGGAGAGAUGUAUGUUACUAAGCGUUUGUCUGAAUACCAGAGAAACCCGUCGGAGCUGACAUUGGAAGCAGAAGGUCCAAACUCCGGCGUGUUGGUGAUUCAGGACGAAGAAUCACAGCCUGUAUGCUGCUUUGGCAAAUGCUUUGCCUGCGAUCUCAAUGGUUUGCCGUUUCCUCAGAACGCAAAGGUCACCGUCAAGUACCAAAUCGGAUCCGGAGAUGACAGAAUUGUUCUGCUUGACUCGGUCGCUUUCAUUCCGGUUCUUCGUCAACCUCCUUCCUCCAAUCUUUACUACGUUAUAAGGCGAAGCGGGAAACACACAGGAGAAGCAUGCGUUAGUGCGAAAGAAACGGACAGAGUUCCUUGUUGCCUUUGCUUUUCAUAUGUCUCCAACGCUAAGCCAAGGCCUCUAGAUCCUUUCGACAUAUACCAACAGUUUGAGAUCCACCAAAGAGGAUCAUCAACCCGUAAAUUCUUCGCUACAUCUGUUGCUUCAGACGGGAUACCACCUCGGUUCCUGAGGAGAAAAGGUUGGACAGUUCCUUUCUCUGCUUCCCAAGAUUUUGGUCUGGUUGAUGAUGCAAAGGGCGUAGUAGACGCAAAGCUUCGUCAUGAGCUUCCUGAUUUAGGUAAGAGCGUUGUAGCUGGGAAAUGGUAUGUUCCGUUCUUGUUUGUGAAAGAAGGAGAUGCAAAAGAUCAGAUGAAGAGAUCGAUGUAUUACAGCAUGACCCUUCACCAGAGCUUUGAAGAGGUUUUCUGCUGCGAAAACGUUGAUAGUAAACAGUUUGAGGCUGUAGUUGAUGUGGAGGUAGAAACAGAAGUGGUUAAACUUGAAGGAGAGAAGGUUGCAAGGGAGACAAAAGGUGUGGAUUCAGAUGGAGUUAUCUGGUUUAGUGGCUCAGGGACUGAGGAGAAGAUAGGUCUUGGGUCUGUGGUCUUGGAGCGGAUGAAAUGGGAAGAGGAGAGGUUUGGGUGGUCGAAGAAAGACGACCAGAUGAGGUAUAGCAUUAAGAGAUCAGAGAGGUUCCAAGGCGGUUCAUCAAAUCGGAAGAGUUAUAAAUGUUAUGUAUUGGUGGAGAGAUUUGAGUUGAAGAGAAUGGAUGAGAGUUUGGUGUUGACAUUUGAGUUUAGACAUGUUGAUAAGUUGAAGAGCAAGUGGGAUUGAGUUUAUAUCAGCAUAUUUGUGUGUCAUGCAUUUGGUUUGGUUUAAUAAUUUUGGGAAAUAUGUUUAAAGCAAGUUUCAUGUAAACUACAAAUGAAAGUCAUUUUAUGUAUAAACAUCAUUUAAUUAAUCUGUAAUUGGUUGCUUGAUAAUCUCCAUGAUGUUUCGUUUAUAUCUUAGCAAAGCAAAGGUCAUUACUUUGAGAA